GAAGCAUUACUGUAGUUGAGUCCGACAUAUUAGAGGAAGAAAGUUGCUUGAAAUGACGAAUUUCGCAACAUAUUUAAAAAUCAGCGAAAUCGGAGAAGGAGUAGCUUUUCUACAAGUUCACCCAUAUUUCAUUUAAAACAAAAUCGCCGAUGGUGACGUCAAAAAGUGAUUCAUUUGGCAUGGAAUGACCCUUUAGGUAUUUGUAGUCACUGACAGAAUCAUAAAUAUUCGUCAAAAAAUCGAGAACCGUGUGAAAUUGGUCACUAAUCGAAGAGAGUUCGGCUACAAUCGUUUGAGUUCGGUGUAUUGAUUCAUCCCUCAGUUCGUGUGAUAGUGUAAUGAAUAAAUAUAACCUUAAUUUUUACAAAAAUGGAUGUACAAAAACAUUCUGUACAUACUCUAGUAUUUCGAUCUUUAAAAAGGACACAUGACAUGUUUUUAUUAAAUCAAGGCACUUUACCACCUCUAGAUCUAAAUUUGCAAAAAAUGAAAAAGUCUAUAAAAGCAAAAGAUUCUUAUGGUCCUGUGUUGGAACGGGUUAGAAAUAACAAUAUGAUGAAACCACAAAAAGAAAAUGAAAAUGUAGAUCCUCCUCCACCAGGUGAUGAAUCUUUUGGAGGAAAUAGUAUUACAGCAACAGUACCUUAUAGCAGUACACAAAGUAGUAGUAUAAUAGCAACAACACAAGCAAGUUCAGGUGGAAACGUAAAUAAUACUAUGCUUAUAACGCAGAAGAAAACAACUUCUAUGGCAAAACCAAAAUGGCAUCCACCAUGGAAAUUAUACAGAGUUAUUAGUGGCCAUCUUGGUUGGGUCAGGUGUUGUGCCGUUGAACCAGGCAAUGAAUGGUUUGCCACAGGUUCAGCAGAUAGAGUUAUUAAAAUAUGGGAUCUUGCCAGUGGUAAAUUGAAAGUUUCUUUGACUGGUCACAUAAGUAGUGUUCGUGGACUUGCAUUUUCUCAACGUCAUCCAUAUCUAUUUUCUUGCGGAGAAGACCGACAAGUAAAGUGCUGGGAUCUUGAAUACAACAAGGUUAUAAGGCACUAUCACGGUCAUUUAUCAGCUGUGUAUUCGAUGGCACUUCAUCCUACUAUAGAUGUAUUAGUAACUGCAGGUAGAGAUUCUACUGCAAGAGUAUGGGAUAUGCGUACUAAAGCAAAUGUACACACACUUGUUGGUCAUACUAAUACAAUCGCUAGUGUAAUUUGUCAAACAGCUGAACCACAGAUUGUCACAGGAAGUCAUGACUGUACUAUAAGAUUAUGGGAUCUAGCUACAGGAAAAUCUAGAGCAACUUUAACAAAUCAUAAGAAAAGUGUGAGAGCUGUAACUUUUCAUCCAUCGCUAUACAUGUUCGCAUCAGCAUCUCCAGAUAACAUUAAGCAGUGGAAGUGUCCAGAAGGCAAAUUUAUUCAAAAUUUGUCGGGUCACAACGCCAUAGUUAAUUGUUUGGCUGUUAAUGCUGAUGGUGUUUUAGUUUCUGGAGCAGAUAAUGGCACAAUGCAUCUUUGGGAUUGGAGGACAGGGUAUAAUUUCCAACGGUUACAAGCGCCAGUUCAACCUGGUUCAAUGGACAGUGAAGCUGGAGUAUUUAGUAUUACGUUUGACAUGUCUGGUACACGAAUGAUCACAACAGAAGCGGAUAAAACAAUCAAAGUUUACAGAGAAGAUGAAACUGCUACGGAAGAAACACAUCCUGUGAAUUGGAGGCCGGAUAUAAUAAAGCGAAGGAAAUAUUAAGCAUUUUUACAUAUAACAAAUAUUAAUUAUAGAUUUUUUUGUAAAUUCUAAUUUUUGAUUAAAAAAAU